UGCUAAUAGCUAGCUACGUGUGUCUUGUGUUGGGUCACUGAUUUGAAGAGGUUUAACCUUCCCACUGGGACACUGCCAUUCCUUGCUGCCUGUCACAGCGCAUCCCUCCCCACACUCACGGCGACUCCUCCUCCUCCUUCCCAGUAGACCGAGCGGACGGACACCGCGGACCGGGGUUAAGGACUAGCUAGGUGCUUUUGGUGACUCUGUAUACCUUCCAUUUUCUCUUGUUGUUUUUCUUCUUUUUGAUAGACAUCACGUGGACUGUUUUUGCCUCCUGUAUGCAGUGACAUUAUCUGUUGGGCUCCAAGUUUUUGUUGUUGUUGUUGUACUCGGUGCUCGAGUACUUGAGGACUAAGGGAGUUGAAGCGCUUCCAGACGGAAUAAACCCCUCAGACGCUUCUAAACAUGGCUUUAACUCGGGAGUUUUUCACCUGCUUUCUAUGCACCGCCAUGACAACGGUAUACCACUGUGAAGCAACAGCUCCGCUUCCUCCUCCGACCGGGCUCAAGUACAGUUGGCUCGACCCGUUUACUGUCAACGUGUCCUGGCAGCAGCCCAGGGGUCUGCAGGUCGGGGAGGUCUUGUACAAGUACCGCCCAGUGAACGAUGAAACUGAUAAAUCUGUGGUGUGCACGGGAAAUUGGACAAAUUUCACAGGCCGCUUUCUCACAGAAGAGAUGGGCUCUGAUCGUCGGACGUACCACGUUUGGACCGUUAAAUCCUGUGAUGAUCGUUUGAAUGAGAGAGCACGUGCGGCCAUUACCGUUCGUACCCCUAAGCCCCGAGCUGAAGUGAAGGACAUCAGAUGUUUAAUCAACUCCACAGGAAUGAACUGUUCCUGGAGACCAGGGAAUCAGACCUUUACUCUCUCCUAUAGGGUUUAUGGUAAUUCUCCGGGGGAAAUGAAGAAGUGUGAUCAGCCUUACAGCAGUGGUUGUUACCUGAAAGUCGAUGCUGUCAACGACAUCUGCGUGCUGUUGGACACUGGAGCUGGACGGAGCACUUUUAAACCUGCACAUGAAAUACUUCCACAAAAGCUGAGCGUCACAGAAGAGGGAGAUAACUUAAUCCUGAGCUGGCCCCCUCCAGAGCUCUGUAAAAAUUUCUGGAUAUACGAGGUCUGCUACAAUAAAUGCAAUGAGCCCAAAGUAUGCUUGAACUUCACCACAAAGGGAGAGUCUGGGAAGAUGGCCUACGAUAAAAGAUGCCUUUACGAGUUCCAAUCCCGAGCCUGGACUAGUCACUACUGCCUGCCAAUAUUCAGCGGCUUCGGUGAUGUUGUAACUUAUGGUACCAAUGAGCCUCCUGACGGGACACUGACGGUGGUUGCCAUCGUCAUCCCCGUCAUUCUGUCUGCCUGCAUCAUUCUGUCCUGCUACUGCUUCAGGAGGCACCGCUCCAUUAUUUGCCCCACCAUACCGGAUCCUUCCGCAAUUUUCAAGGAAAUGAUGUUGAAUGGAAACAAAGAAUUUAAGACCACACCUGGGAGUCUGUACACGCCGGUGCCAGAACCCGUUGAACCCUGCAAAAUUACACUGUCCCCCAGGAAAACUCCUGACACGCACGUGUAGACUGCCUGCUGAGCGAAUUCAUCAAGAACAUUAACAGAGUGACUUAAAGGAUGAUUCCUAGGGGUUAAUAACACGUGUACCGAGUCGACUGUUCUCUGGGAUCUGUUUUGAUGGUAAUCGAAUGUGUCUCUAGCUUGAAACAAGCUAGCGCGAACCGCUGAUUAGCUUAACGCUAGGCUUUCAAGGCACUGGUAGAGUAAAAAGCAAUCGCUAUCUCCAUACCACUAACAAGUCUCAAAAUAGCACCACACAUCCACGGUAGCAUAAUGAGGGUCC